GCAUCCUCGAUCUAUCCUAACAUCUGCAUUCCAUCAGAGAUAGAGAAGACAAGACGACCUCUACUUCAUCUUUAAAUCAACCAGAAAGAUAUAAGACAUCUUCAUAACCCAACAAAUCGACAACAUGCUUUCAACUUUGCAGAGAUCUGCGAGAUACCUGUCUGUUAUCUCUACCGCUCGAGGACUCCAUAAAUCUGCACUAGAGGUUGCAGAGCAUCCUGUCCAUGAGGAAACAGUGACCAGUAGUUUUGGCCGGUUCAUUCAGAGCGUACAGCCGCGGCAUCUUUCUCCAACCGUACUGCAUCGCAGCAAACGCAUGGUGUUGGACAGCAUUGGUGUCGGCCUUCUGGGUAGCACCACUGAAGUGUUUGAACUUGCCCUGCAGCAUUGCAAGCAAAUGUAUGCUCCCGAUGACAUCAGCUUUGUCUAUGGGCGCCAAGGUGCGAAGUUGUCUCCAACCCUUGCAGCGUUUGUCAAUGGAGUGGCUGCUCACUCAAUGGACUUUGAUGACACUUGGCACCCCGCGACCCAUCCCUCUGGAGCAGUACUGCCUGCCAUUCUGGCUAUAAGUGACAUGCUACCCAGCCACAGCAAACCGAGCGGACUUGACUUUCUCACCGCCUUCAACGUGGGCAUUGAAAUACAGGGACGACUGAUGGGAUUCUCCAAUGAUGCUCACAACAUCCCUAAGAGGUUUCACCCACCCAGUGUUGUGGGCACUCUGGGAAGUGCUGCCGCUUGCGCCCGUCUUCUCUGUUUGGAUCGCAAUCAAUCCAGCAAUGCGUUGGCCAUCGCUGCAUCACUAGCAGGGGCACCAAUGGCUAAUGCUGCAACACAGUCCAAACCACUUCACAUCGGUAACGCAGCCCGUCUUGGUCUUGAGGCAGCCCUGCUGGCAUCUCGGGGCCUGGAAGCAAGUCCCCUGGUUUUGGAUGCGGUACCUGGGGUAGCUGGCUUCAGUGCAUUUUAUGAAGACUACGCCCCACACCACAUCAGCUCCCCUGAUGACAAAGAGCACAGCUUCCUUAUAGAAAGACAAGACAUUGCUUUCAAGCGUUUCCCCGCCCACCUUGGAAUGCACUGGAUCGCCGACGCUGCCGCCAUCGUGCACAAGACCCUGGUCGGCCUCAGAGGGGGCAGUGUUUCUCCAAGCCUGGUGCAAGAUAUUCUGCUGAGGGUGCCGGUCUCCAAGUACAUCAAUCGCCCAUUCCCAGAGUCAGAGCAUCAGGCUCGUCACUCCUUCCAGUUCAAUGCCUGCACCGCCUUGUUGGAUGGCGAAGUGACGGUCCAGUCCUUUCACCCGGAAGCCAUCCGACGGCCCGAACUCCAAGCGCUCCUGUCCCUUGUCCGCUUGGAGCAUCCCCACGACAACCCAGCCAAUUUCAAUGUGAUGUACGGUGAGGUGGAGGUGACCUUGGCAAGUGGAGAUGUUCUACAAGGGCGCUGCGACACUUUUUACGGACACUGGAGGAACCCGCUCAGUGAUGAAAGCCUUCACAAGAAGUUCCGUCACAAUGCAGGCACAGUUUUGGUUCCUGAAGUGGUUGAGAACCUGAUUAAAUCCGUAGAAGAUCUGGAACAUUUAGAUGACUGCAGACCACUGCUAAAACAGCUGCAGUAAACCACACGGUGCAUUUAUUUUGUCAUGAAUGACAAAAAAAACAUGAAUCAACAUGAAUCUUGAACUUUUUACUAAAUUUAAAUAUUUAUUAAAAAAAGGUUCUAGUCGAGCUCCAUUAAUUUCUAUAUAUAUCUCCUAAAAUGAUGUACAUAACUUUCAGUUCUGUUUUACCUCCCUGCUGUCUUUCUUUGUUUUCAGGGUUUUCUCAUGUUUAAGAGAUUUUUUAAGGUGCUAUGACAUAAGGUUGUAAAAAUUAAUGAAAGCUAUAUUUAUGUAGUUACUGUAUCUAUCGAUCUGAUGAAACCUGUGCUAGUUGUUGUUAAUCAAUGUAUGGUUGCAACCUAAAUAAAUUUCAUAUUUAUCACA